AACUGUAUGUUAGAGCGAUUCAGGUAAUGUGUGAGCAAUUAUUUGUCCCUCCUAUUCAGGCUACGUGAUCGGUGACGCACAGGAGACUCUCUCCAGACUCCAGCGCGCACGGGGCUCUCCGAGCAUUAUGAUGGAGUGAGCCGAGACUACUGUCCAGCUUCCAGCAAGAGAAGAGCUCCUCCUCCCUCUCCUGCGAUGAGGUAGUUGGUAAGACCGAGCGCUGGUUAAUCACCAAUUUCUCGAGCCCGCGCGUCGCGUCUUCUGUCUUAAAAGUGCUGUCAUGCAUGCAGCGUCCCCGCGCUCGCGCCCCUGACCUCCUGCGUUUUAAACCACGGCUUUUGUUUGUCCAUCGUCAGGUAUGGGAGAUCAGAGUGAGCCGACCAUGGUGCAGAAGUCGACAUCGUUCAGCAUCAAGAGUCUGUUACUCCCAUCGAAGUUUGACGAGGAGACCGCGGAGCGCAUCGGCAGCCCGGCACCCGUCCAGGACUUAGACAACCCCCCGGAAGCGUCCGAGAUCGAGCCCGCGCUGCGAGACGCGGAUGAACAGCCGUCUAAAAAGGUAAAGAAAUUCGACAAGCCUCCGUUCAGCUACAACGCGCUCAUCAUGAUGGCGAUCAGACAGAGUCCCGAGAAGCGGCUCACGCUCAACGGCAUUUACGAGUUCAUCAUGAAGAACUUCCCGUAUUACCGGGAGCACAAGCAGGGCUGGCAGAACUCCAUCCGGCACAAUUUGAGCCUCAAUAAGUGCUUCGUAAAGGUCCCGCGGCAUUACGAUGAUCCCGGGAAAGGGAACUACUGGAUGUUGGACCCCUCCAGCGAUGAUGUGUUUAUCGGCGGAACCACCGGGAAGCUCCGCCGGCGCUCGGCGACCUCGCGCGGCAAGCUGGUGAUGAAAAGGGGCCUCCGCUUCGCGCCCCUCGGACUCGGACUGGGCGAACGCCCGAGCAACCCGCUCUACUGGCAGCUGUCUCCGUUUUUACCCCUCCACCACUCGCACUAUAACGGCUCCACGCACGGAUUUCUAAACCAAGGACACGCGUACGGAUCGUUUCUCCCGGGGGUCGAGCCGCUCGGGAACGGGGAUAUGUCUCGCCCCAUUCUGGGAGCCUCUAGCGGGAGUAUCAACGGGUACGGUGUGUCUCCGUCGUCCGCCGCCGGAUUACUUUCAGGGCACAAUGGAUACUUCGUAGCGGGCGCGCAGCAGCCACAGCCGCUCCCGAGCGCGCCGGGAUACGGCAUCUCCAGCUCUCCGUCCCCGCUGCUGUCGGAUUCCAUAAGAACUAGCUUACCGUCCUUCACAGCACCGCUUUCUAGCGGACUUCUCUCUCAACACAAACGCAUCGCGCCCAAUUCGUUUCUAAGCUGAGCGUUGCGCGCCCUCUCCAAUGGGAAUAUCCAAACUUUCCUCGAAAACCGAAACGUGCAAGCUUUCCUUCUGUGUGAGGACUGUGCGUCUGGAUUUUUUUUUUUUGUCUAUUUAAGAUUAUUUUGUAAUAGUAGCAUCAUGUUAUGCCAAAGGCAAUAACCGUAUGUGUUUCUUUUUCUUUUUUUAAAGUAUUAUUUAUAGUAUUUCUUUGUGAAUGAUGGUUUGUAUUUAUUCGAAAUGUAAUUUUUUAUCCCUUAUUACUGUGGGAUAGCGUUAUUAUUAGAUGUUUGGCACUUAUUAUUCGUUUAGAAUGAAUAAUUCCAAUACUUAUUUAUUUCUCAAACUGUGAAUGCGCCUUAAUAUCUUAAAUCAGGGUUGAGCGCUCGGACCGUCUCAGGUGUGCGUUCUGACAAUGAAACAUUAUUAUUAUUAUUAUUAUUAUUAUUAUUAUUAGCUGUGUAAACCUGAAAUAUGGUAAACAAAUAAAAAAUACACUUAUAUGCAAAGUUUUAUGAAUUCGCCUGUCGGUUAGUGUGGGCAUGUGUUCAGAGGGGUCUUACUGUAGUAAAGCUAAGCUACUGAAUUAAAGCACUGGUUUAAAUGAACUGAGUGUGGGAUCAGUUUAUACAUGUAUACUGUCACAUAAAAUACUGUGACGACCGAGGAUUUGUUUACACACAUAACAGUAAAACAGUUUUUUAUGCAAGGAGGUGAUUAAGCACCAAAGACAGAUCAUUAAUGUUUUUUUUUGUUUUGUUUUGUUUUUUAUAUAUAACAUCCCUGCACAUCAAUUUGCUAUCAUUACCUUCUGAAGCCAUUAUUCUAACUCUCUGUGCAAAUCAGAAAUGGGAUUUCUCUUUAUUGCCCUUUUAACCAACAUGUGAUUUAUAGUUCUGCAUCUUUAGUCGUGAGUCAUUUAAUGUGCAGAUUUGUACUUGUUUGUCUUUUUUCAUGUAUAUAUGCCUGAACUUCAGUUCAGAACAAAGAAAUAAAGUAUUGGAAUAUUUCUGUA